UUUUCAGGCGUAGCCAUCGAUCCCACGAUGACACACUCUGGUCAGGCUGGCGUCAACCAGCUGGGCGGGGUUUUCGUCAACGGCCGCCCUCUCCCCGUCUGUGUACGGGCACGCAUCGUCGAGUUGGCUCAGCUUGGCGUCCGACCGUGCGACAUCUCCCGACAGCUUCUCGUCUCGCACGGCUGCGUCUCCAAGAUACUCAGUCGCUACUACGAGACCGGUUCCAUCGCACCGGGCAACAUCGGCGGCAGUAAACCAAAGGUUGCAACACCUCUGGUUGUGAAGAAGAUAAUGAGUUACAAACGAAAGAACCCCUCCAUCUUUGCUUGGGAGAUUCGAGAUCGUCUUCUUCGGGAAAGAGUUUGUGAUAAGAACACCAUACCUAGUAUUAGCUCAAUCAAUAGGAUUAUCCGCAAUGGAACUUACUUCACACAUGACGAGGGUAAUCCAAGCUCCCUGCCUGCACCCAUACCUCGCGUGGCAGCGGGACUCGCCCAUGGGAACAUGCCACACCCAUCGCAAGGCAUCAUCUCCCCAGACACAACCAUGGCACCGUAUCUUAGCAACCGCCUCAUGGAGCUGGCAAAUGAACAUCACCGAUUGGCCAGUCUUGAAAUGACGUCACCAACAGGUAGAACAAACGGUCCAAGUGGAGAGGGCGAUGGUAAUCGAGUUGGUGUUCGAGGUGGUGAACAGAAGGAGAAAACGGAGACAGAGAAUGAAGAAGAUGAAGGCGUUCAAACGGACGUAGAAUCUCCCACCACAGAAUAUGCAGGUCGGAUGAUGCCGAGAAUCGAACCAGGUGAACAAGAUUUCUUAACGACAUCGCCAUUCGUACAUCCCAUGUCACGUCUGAUGAAAAUGGAACGGUCACGCUCUCGGUCACCGCCUCCAUCCCGAUCGCCACGAUCUCCACGCUCACCACGUUCACCACGAUCACCUCGUGAGCUGUUCGGGGGAGAUCGUGAUGACGCAAGUCAGGAGGAGGAACGAAGAAUUAUGGAAGGUAUGCAGCAGAUGUCUGCAUUUCAUCCAAGCGGCAAAGGUUUUCCACAUCACCUCAUACCGGCCACCUCUCUAGCAGAUAUAUCUCGGGCACCGGUGGCUUCUGCAGCAGCCGCCGCCGCAGCUGCAGCGUCUCGCCUCGCUGCAGCGACGGGGCUCUUCCUUCCCUUCGGAGCAUCUGCAAACGGACCGCACAGUCUCGCUCUCUCGGCCGUAGCCGCGUCUGCCGCCGCUGCUGCAGCCGCGGCGUCCCCGAACCGCGGCGGUUUUCUACCGAUGGGCAGAAAUGACGCAACUGCAUCACAACUCCAGCUGGCGCCCUUCCCACUCUUUGUCAAUUCAGCCACGGGGUGUUGGACCAUGAUAAGACCUAUGGAAUUCACUCAAAACAUGAUGGAUAUGAAGACUGUAUCUUUUACAUGA